UCCGUCUGUGCGUGUUCGCGUCUUGGAGCUGGAAUUUGGGGAGUGGAAAUACCACUCACUGUUACUUUCACAGUUGGCGUCAAGUCGAAUGAGAUUGACUCCUCUGACAUUCUACUCUGUCGGUCAGUCAGCGCGCUUCGGAAAAGGGGCGAACCGGAGUCCGCUCGCACUGUCAGUACGCAGGUGUUUGUAGCUAACUCAUGCCUUGGUUGGUUUUAGACGGGAUAGUGAGUGUAUGAGAUAUUAUUGAAUUCUGGAACUUUUUCGUUACAUUUUUUUAUGUAAACAUAUCAAUUUUUGAGUGAUACCUGUCGGGGCACUUUAGGUGACUGGGUUUUCUUAAUCAACAAUUGUUUUCUGCGUUUGGAUUAUUAUAAUUUUCCUUGGAAAUGGCACAUUCUUAUUCUGGGAGAGAUACACGACUUCCAGAGAGAGGAAACCGUAGUUGAAUAAUAACACAGGAUGCUGCUUGCGACCUGAAGCACUCAGAAUAAUUUAGACAUUUCUGAGACGUUUGUUAUUUUUCUUUGCGCACUGCACUAUAAGAAGGUGGACAUAUCAAGUAUUUUUUACUUUUUUUUACACGUGUGUAUUUUACAGCACAAUUAUGUAUUGUGGAUUUAUACUUUUCUUUUCAACCCAACUCCUCUUUGUGGCUUCAUUGACUCAAAGUCAUAAAUGUGGAGAUAACAUUGAGAUAACCAGUGCAGAUUAUCUCACCUCUCCUGGCUAUCCGACCUCAUACCCUCCAUCACAACAAUGUAUGUGGGUGAUAUCGGCCCCAGACCCAGGACAGAAGAUACUCAUCAACUUUAACCCUCAUUUUGAUCUGGAGGACAGAGACUGCAAGUAUGACUAUGUGGAGGUGUUUAACGGUGGAGAUGAGGAGGCUCCGACCCUGGGGAAGUUCUGUGGGAAGAUAGCCCCCUCCCCCAUCAUCUCCAGCGGCAACGAGCUCCUAAUCAAGUUUGUGUCCGACUACGAGUCUCCCGGUGCUGGAUUCUCAGUGCGCUACGAGGUCUUCAAGACAGGACCUGAGUGUUCUAGAAACUUCACCUCGUCUAAGGGCGUUAUAAAGACACCAGGCUUCCCUGACAAGUACCCCAACAACCUGGACUGUACCUUCAUGAUCAUCGCCCCCAAAAUGUCAGAGAUCGUGGUGGACUUUGACACGUUCGACAUGGAGCCUGACACCACCCCUCCACCCGGGGCACUGUGUCGCUACGACUGGCUGGAGAUCUGGGAUGGGUUCCCUGCAGUGGGACCCCACAUUGGGCGGUACUGUGGUAACAGCAGUCCUGGCCGAGUCAUCUCCUACACAGGGAUCCUUUCUAUGACCAUCAACACAGACAACGCCAUCGCCAGAGAGGGCUUCUCAGCCAACUACACUGUCAGAGAGAGGAGCCUACGACAGGGACCAGAGGAAUUGACCUGUCUGGAGGGCCUGGGGAUGGAGUCAGGAGAGAUCACCUCAGAUCAGAUCACUGCCUCCUCUCAGUACAACCCCAACUGGUCCCCAGAACGCUCCAGACUCAACUACAAAGAGAACGGAUGGACCCCCUCAGAAGACUCUGCUAGAGAGUGGAUACAGGUGGACCUGGGAUUCCUCCGUUUUGUUUCAGCUGUGGGAACACAGGGAGCAAUCUCCAAGGAGACGAAGAAGGAGUACUUUGUCCACUCCUACAAAGUGGACGUGAGCUCUAAUGGAGAGGACUGGGUCACAAUAAAGGAGGGAUCCAAGCAGAUGAUUUUCCAGGGGAACCACAAUCCUACAGAGGAAAAAAGGUCGUUCCUACCGAAGCAGACUCUAGCCCGUUACGUCCGCAUCAGACCCAUGUCUUGGGAGAUAGGCAUCUGCAUGCGCUUCGAGGUGUACGGCUGCAAGACAUCAGACUACCCUUGCUCCGGCAUGCUGGGGAUGGUCUCUGGUCAAAUCUCAGACGCCCAGAUCAGCGCGUCAUCGCACGCAGAGCGCGGCUGGGUACCAGAGAACGCCAGGUUGCUGACAGGGAGGUCGGGGUGGACCCAGCAACAGACCAGACAUCCCUUCCGGAACGAGUGGCUGCAGAUGGACCUGGGCCAGGACAAGCUGGUCAGCGGCCUGCUCAUCCAAGGAGGACGUCACAGAGACAAGAAUGUGUUUAUGAAGAAGUUCAAGGUGGGCUACAGCAACAAUGGCUCUGACUUUACUAUGGUGAAGGAAGACAACAGCUCUAGGCCUAAGAUCUUCAUUGGGAACCAGAACCAUGACACCCCAGAGCUGCGUACGCUGGGCCCUCUGCUGACUCGCUUCCUCAGGGUCUACCCAGAGAGAGCCACCCCCGAUGGCCUGGGGCUCAGACUGGAGCUGCUGGGCUGUGAGAUCCAUGAGCCCACAACUCUCCCACCGACCACGGCUGUAGCAACCAUGUUUGCUGUAACCACGUUCGCUGCCACCACAACCGCAUCUGUGACCAUGCCCACCCUGACGUCAGAGUGUGACGACCAGGAGGCCAGCUGUCACAGUGGAACAGGAGGAGGGGAGGACUAUGACACAACAGGUGGCACCACAUUGGCAGACCCAACCCUGGAGGAAGAGCUUGUGCCAGAGUACCUGUGGUUUGCUUGUGACUUUGGCUGGGCGGGCAACCCGUCGUUCUGUGGCUGGACACUGGAGAAGGAUACUGGUGCUGAGUGGAUGAUUCAGACCAGCGGGGCCCCCACCGUCCACAAAGGGCCCAACCUGGACCACACAGGAGUUCCAGGGAACUUCAUCUACAUGCAGCUGGCGGCUGAGACCGAAAUGGAAGAGGAGGAGGACGAGCAGGAGGAGGACGAGCAGGAGGAGGACGAGCUGGAGGAGGACGAGGUGGAGGAGAGGGUGGCACGCCUAGCCAGCCUGCCUGUCACCGCCCCAGACACAAACCUGUGUGUGUCCUUCUGGUACCACAUUUUCGGGGAGCGCGCUGGCACCCUGCACAUCAAACAGAGGAGACAGACAGAGGAGGGGCGGGCGGAGGCACUACUCUGGACCGUCAGUGGACACCAGGGCAGCAGAUGGAGGGAGGGACGGCUGUUGGUGCCCCACUCCAGCACACCCUAUGAGGUGGUGAUUGAGGGAGUGGGAGACAGGAGCACAGGACACAUUGCGCUGGACAAUAUAAAGAUCCUGGAUGGACUCACACCAGAGGAGUGUAAGGAUCCAGAUGUACCAGAGGCUCCUACGUCCCAGCCAACAGAGAUCUGCAUAUACCCGAUGGACCCCUACUACCCAGAGGAAGUGGAGAAUAGCGAGCUGGGUGGCCCAGGCAACAUGCUGAAAACCCUGGACCCCAUUCUCAUCACCAUCAUCGCUAUGAGCGCUCUGGGGGUUUUCCUGGGAGCUAUCUGUGGUGUCGUCCUCUACUGUGCCUGCUCGCACGGCCACAUGUCCGACAGCAGGAACUUGUCGGCUCUGGAGAACUAUAACUUUGAGCUGGUGGACGGCGUCAAGCUAAAGAAGGACAGCAAGCUGAAUGCACAGAACAGCUACUCAGAGGCGUGAGCGUCAUCCUCUGAGGGAAGAGAACACAAGCAGCCUCAUGGCUGGAGGAACUAGACCACCGGACGGAGGGUUGUGAGUUGUGACUCAAGUGUUGUCCUAUUCCUUAUAUAGUGCACUAUGUAGGGGAUAGGGUGGCAUUUGGGAUGCAGCUGGCUAUAGUGAUGGUGGGAGGUUGUGACUGAGCCAUGCUAUUCUCAGGAGCUGCAGUGAAAGGAACCUACCCGUAGUGGGCACUGUGUAUAAAUAAAACGUGUACAGCAAAAAUGAUUGUUUUGUUUUUUGUUUGUUUUGCGACGUGCUUUGUUUUUCUGUAAUCAGAUGCUGGUGAUGUGACCAAUUUAGAUGGAAAUACUUAUCAUGUUUUUGUUAUUUUUCUUUUGGAAGGAUAGGAUAUUUUAUUUUUCAUCAGAGGUCAUUAUUAUUCACAGAAAGCGCAUAGAAACGUAUAUUCACUAUCCUGACACGUGGCUCUUCGGCUGGCCAUGUUAUCAGUUUGUAUGUCUGCAUCGAUUUGUGCAUCUUGUUUGUGUGUGUGUGUGCGUGCAUGUAUGUAUGCAUCCAGAGGGUGCUUGCCCUGGCCCUAGACCUGUGUCUAGUUCCACAGUGCCUUUUUGAAAGUUUAUGUUGCCUUUUCUCCACUGAUUCUGUUCUGAUCAUAGCAGUACAUUAGGCAUCGGCUGGUAGAGUCUGAUUCUGAUCAUAGCAGUACGUUAGGCAUCGGCUGGUAGAGUCUGAUUCUGUUUUGGUCCUACCAGUACGUAGGCAUCAGCUGGUAGAGUCUGAUUCUGUUUUGGUCCUACCAGUACGUAGGCAUCAGCUGGUAGAGUCUGAUUCUGUUUUGGUCCUACCAGUACGUAGGCAUCAGCUGGUAGAGUCUGAUUCUGUUUUGGUCCUACCAGUACGUAGGCAUCAGCUGGUAGAGUCUGAUUCUGUUUUGGUCCUACCAGUCUGUAGGCAUCAGCUGGUAGUCUGAUUCUGUUUUGGUCCUACCAGUACGUAGGCAUCAGCUGGUAGAGUCUGAUUCUGUUUUGGUCCUACCAGUCUGUAGGCAUCAGCUGGUAGAGUCUGAUUCUGUUUUGGUCCUACCAGUCUGUAGGCAGCGGCUGGUAGAGUCUGAUUCUAUUUUGGUCCUACCAGUACGUAGGCAUCAGCUGGUAGAGUCUGAUUCUGUUUUGGUCCUACCAGUCUGUAGGCAUCAGCUGGUAGUCUGAUUCUGUUUUGGUCCUACCAGUCUGUAGGCAUCAGCUGGUAGAGUCUGAUUCUGUUUUGGUCCUACCAGUACGUAGGCAUCAGCUGGUAGAGUCUGAUUCUGUUUUGGUCCUACCAGUCUGUAGGCAUCAGCUGGUAGUCUGAUUCUGUUUUGGUCCUACCAGUCUGUAGGCAUCAGCUGGUAGAGUCUGAUUCUGUUUUGGUCCUACCAGUACGUAGGCAUCAGCUGGUAGAGUCUGAUUCUGUUUUGGUCCUACCAGUCUGUAGGCAUCAGCUGGUAGAGUCUGAUUCUGUUUUGGUCCUACCAGUACGUAGGCAUCAGCUGGUAGAGUCUGAUUCUGUUUUGGUCCUACCAGUAUGUAGGCAUCAGCUGGUAGAGUCUGAUUCUGAUCAUAGCAGUACGUUAGGCAUCAGCUGGUAGAUUCUGAUCAUAGCAGUACGUUAGGCAUCGGCUUGCAGUCUGAUUCUGUUUUGGUCCUACCAGUACGUAGGCAUCAGCUGGUAGUCUGAUUCUGUUCUGAUCAUGGCAGUACGUUAGGUAUUGUCUGGUAGUCUGAUUCUGUUCUGAUCAUGGCAGUACGUUAGGUAUUGUCUGGUAGUCUGAUUCUGUUCUGAUCAUGGCAGUACGUUAGGUAUUGGCUGGUAGUCUAAUUUUGUGCUGAUUUCAGAGUCUGAUUCUGAUUAUUAGCAGUACGUUAGGCAUCGACAUAUAGAGUCUGAUUCUGAUGAUAGCAGUACGUUAGGCAUCGGCUGGUAGAGUCUGAUUCUGAUCAUAGCAGUACGUUAGGCAUCGGCUGGUGGAGUCUGAUUCUGUUCUGAUCAUAGCAGUAUGUUAGGCAUCGGCUGGUAGAGUCUGAUUCUGAUCAAUGCAGUACGUUAGGCAUCGGCUGGUAGAGUCUGAUUCUGAUCAUAGCAGUACGUUAGGUUGGUAGAGCAGGGUCAGAUUGGCAGGAUUCCAUGCCAUCCCUCCAUAGCACAUGACACAUCCAACUUAUUGUACAUAGGUUUUAAUAUAUUUGAGCGCCUUUAUAAAAAGAGACAAAAUGCUGCAGUAUCCUUUCUUUGUGGUUUAUGUAUCAUAGGCAAUGUUAUCUGGCUGUCAUCAUGUAUGUAACAGGCAUGUUGUGUUGUUAUGUUCCAUCGGUGCUCUCCCAAUGCUGCCUGGGAAAUGAGGGUUAUUAUAGCCAAUGGUUAUGGCCUUUUGAGAGAUGUUCGGAUUCAGCCAUGAUCAUCAGUAUUGAGCCUUAUUUAAUAGGGGCAACAAUUGGCUACAAAGGCCUAACAAGGAGAGAGUGAUGAAGUGUCCAAAAUGACACCCUAUUCCCUAAAGAGUGCACUACUUUUUACCAGAGCCCCAUGGGCUAUAUAAAAGUAGUGUACUAUAUAUGGAAUAUGGUGGUAUUUGAGACGUAGUCAGACAACAGACUGGGUGGCUGAAGCAUCUCUACGAAGAAAAUGCUAUGACAAUACCUGGGACAUUAUGGGCCAGUUUCUCAGACAUAGAUUCAGAAUCUCGUUGAGAAUGCUUUCAAGUCCUGGACUAGGCUUAACCUAUGUCUGGGAAACCGGCCCUACAUGUCUGUGGUAGAAUGAUGGCCCUUGAUGGAAUGAAAGAGACCUGUGUGACAUCAUGCUGUUUUUAUGUACUGUAGCCUACAUCCUCUUUGCUCUCCUUUUUGUCUGUAUUGAAUGUUAAUGUGAAGAGUUCAGACAAAACAAAGCACUGUAUGAAAUGGCGAAGACAUAGGUCCAAGGUUUAAUCAAUGGAUGUGAUGUAGAUUAUCCCUUCCGACGGGGUCUAUGAGCUUCUAUGCUUAGAUUCUUUCAUGUUUUCUUCAUGCGGUGGUAGCUAGUUAAACAGCUGUUUCAUAGUUCUGCUUCGAGCUCAUAACAGUAUUCCACAUUCCAUAGGAUUAGAAUGAUUGUAAUUCAAAUGAGUCAUUCUAUUUCUAUGGUUCCACCCCUUGUAAAGGCAUAAUGUUUUGGUGUUGUCUUCGUCAAUAGGAAAGGAUGCUGCAGCACUAGAUGUGAAAACAAUGUUGCACUGAUAUAUUUAAAAGAUCUUUGUGUUGUUUAUGAUAUUCACUUGUGAAAAAAGAGAAAGAAAGCAAAAGAAGGAUAAGACAGUGUUACAGAUAACUCUUUUAUAUGGUUUCAGAUAAUAUAGUUCUGAAAUGUACAAUUAUGGAGAUGUUUUUCAUUAUUGAAAAAGCUAUACAUGUCUCUUUACUUACGUAAUGUUUAACUUGGUAUGUUAUAUCACCUUGUGUUUUUUGUACUGUCACAAAUGUCUGUGCCAUUUUUUUUCUACAAAAUGUUUGAUUUUCAAUACUGCUUCUGUAAUUUGCAGUCCCAGAUAAAAAAAAAAGAAGAAAAAAGACGUAAGCAGUUGAGGCCUUAAUGACUCAAGUAAUGUUUCUUUACUUGGACUCCGUCCCAAAUGUCCCUAUUCCCUAUAUAGUGCACCCAUAGAGCUCUGGUCAAAAGUAGUGCACGAUGUAGGGAAUAGGGUGCCAUUUGACUCCCUGGUCAGCUUCAAGACCCAUCUGUCUAUGUUGUUUCUGACUCUGAUCAAUGACUACUACAUUCCAAAGAAUUGGAUCAAAUAAAAGUUUGAAUAAGAUGAA